AUGGCUUGGGUUCAAGUGGCAUCUUCCCCCGUGCGCUGGCAACGGCCUAUCGGGGAAAACGAGCGCAUGAUUAAAUGGUUGGGCGACCGCAGUCACUCCAUGGGCCGAGAGCACUGGUCGGUCACGGCCAUCGGCUCGUUCGCGUUGCGCUCGGAUGCCAAGGACGAGACCGGCGGCAGCGUUACGCCAUCGACGGCAGCGCUGCGCAGAGCAUGGAUGCUGUUGCGCUUCCAGCACCCCAGCAUCGCAGCCACGGCAGGCGAGCACACAAUCGACUACGUCGUCCCCGACAAGGCUAUCCUCGAAAAUUGGGUCGAUGAGACUCUGCACAUCGUUUCUGACACGGGCAUCAGCGCCGAGGAUGUGGUGGCGACGCUCAGGCCGAGCCCCUACACCGAGGGAUAUUUCCUCCCCCACACGCAGCAGUUUGUCCUGCACACGGCGCACUGGCGCACCGACGGUUACGGGAUCCUGCACCUACUGAACGCCUUCUUCGAUGCGCUCGCCUCCGUCCUGCCGGAAACGGCUGCGGACCCGGCCACGGCUCUCGCGUGGGGCGAGGAGCACACCCGCCUCGCGCCCGCCGUCGAAGAGCUCCUGGGCAUCCCCGAGACACCGACCCCGGCCAUCCGCGCCGCCGCGGCAGAGUGUCUCGCCACCACCGCCCUGGCCGCGGGCUCCGUGGGGCUCCCGUGGCGCCGCGAGGCCAAGCAGCCUGGGGGCACGCGUGGCGUCCGGCGCACCCUGGCCGAGCCCGCUACCAAGGCGGUCCUGGCGGCUUGCGAAGCCCGCGGUCUGCGGCUGCGCGCGGCCGUGCACGCCUCCCUUGCCGCCGCUAACUUCCUCGCGGCCGAGCGCAAGCAGCAAGAGCAGUACUACACCUCCACAAUGCGCUUCACCCUGCGCCCGUACAUCCCCAGCCUGGCCCCCAAUUCCCCGCGGCAUGCCGCCGGGCUGUACACGGGCGGGUACUUUGCGCGGGUGUCUGACGCACAGACGUGGCAGGAUCACGCGGCGCAGUACGAGGCGCUCUACGCGGCGGGCCUGAGCAGCGAUUUCCUGAUCGCGCGCCGGCAGUACGCCGCUGAGGCGCUCGAGCGGUUUCAAGCGCUAGCGGCGGCCACCGGUGCUGGUGCCGGGGCAGGCAAGGCCCCGCCGCCGCGCAGCGAGAUUGAUAUAUCGGCUGUCGACGACGCCGAGCAGCUGGUGGCGCCGGCGCGGCCCGUCACGAGCACGCACGGCAGCGAGCCGAGCACCGGUGGCGAAGGCGCCGACGGUGCAAAUGGACACGUGCUGGAGGUGCUCGACCUGUCCCUUGGGGUGGAGUGUCUCGCCCAGGAGACAUACUUGUUUCUCUGGACGUUCAGGGGGCGGAUCGAGUUCCACUUCGUCUACAACGAGGCGUUUUACGACGCUGAGUACAUGGCCGAGAUGCUGCGUCUUGUGGAGAGUGUUUUGUUAAAGGAACUGCAUGUGGAUACGAUGUAG